AUGGUCUGCCAGAAUACUUUGUUUGCCGUGUGGAAAUUCGACUCCAACGCCUCAGCGAACUUCUCCAAGGUAUCAGCCUUGGCUUUUGCCACUGCUUUGGCUGCCGCCUUGCGUGCCUGGACAUAUCGCAUGCGAUGGAGUAUAGCGCCUGGCGUGCUCUCGCGUCAUAAGCUCGAAUCUUUCGAAGGGAAAUCGGUCGCUGACGCGGUUACGAUGUCGUUGAUGAAGUUUGGCAAAAAUCAGUCCGUCCACGGAAAUUUGAAUUUUAAAGUUCGUCCAGGCGUGUUUCUGUCAGCAUAUGUUCACCCUAGGCCAGAAUAUAAGGAUUAUCUGGUCCUGAAUAGUUGA